CGUAAGCGAUAAGCACGCCGAACAGAAAAAUAUACAUGAUAUUACAUAGCAAUCUCAGUAUCAUUAACGCAGCCUGGUGUGUAACUUCCGGUAGAAAGCGGCGGAGUGCUAAAUACGAGUGUAUUGUUGCAAUUGUAGGAUUUGAAGCGCACGUACAUUGGCUUACAAGCAGAUAUCUCUUCAUGCUUGAACAUCCGCUCGAAUUCCGUUUUAUAAAGGGACAAGUGGGUGUGAGAGACAAGAGGACGAUAUCACGCUCAGACAACAGUCCUACAGUCUUUAUAAUUAAAUAGUCAUCAUCAUCGGUGUAUUUAUUUAUGUACUGUUGAUGAUCGCCACUUUAACUCAUAAUAAUUCGAGUGUUUGUACAUCGCACGGCUGUUGCCUCUAACGUAGAGUUACCCCGGAAUAUACGCUAUCAUGAAUGAAACACUGAUUUUGACUGGGGAUGUUUUGCAAUGGAACAGCGAACUUUCCAAAUCUCUAAUUGCCCUGGAUGUUAUUUUGUGUCUGUACAUAGUUUUAGGUGUCGUUGGAAAUGCUGUUGUCGUCUUUAUCUACGGAUUCCGACUAAAGAUUGGUAUGGACGACCGAUUUUUCAUCCUCGUUUUGGGAAUAAUGGACACCAUUGUAUGCUGUGCAAACCCUGCAUUCGCUUUAUGGCGGAACUUGCUUCCGGUAAAUUCCAGUGGAAAUAUUAUAUGCAAGGUGACUUGGUUCUGUACAAGAACAAUAAGUACAACUUCCGGUCUACUUAUCCUGAUAAUUGCUUUACAGCGAUUCCUGAAAGUAUGUAGACCAUUCGGCCGACAAAUGACGUCAGUGUGGAAGCGUGUUUUGGUGGCGUGCGCUGCGGCGAUGUCAUGUCUCAUGCACACGCCUUUAAUCAUAUUUUAUGGGGAGAUAACUCUACACAAUCCGAGGAGAAAUGUAACUGGAAAAAGAUGUGGUCUCAUUGACAACCAAGACGAGGCGCUGACAAGGGCCCAAAUGAGUUAUUUUUACUUCAUGUUCGCUUCAGCAGGAUUAGUUUUGUUGUCCAUCGUAAUACUCUACUCUUUAAUAGGACAGCGGAUUUACGAAAAAGUGAGGCGUAAAAGGGAGCGCAAAUCGUCUAUGCCUAGUUCUCUCUCAUCCCAGUAUUCCACACCGGAAGAGAACGGCACCGUUGACAUAGUAACCGAUGCUUUGGUAACGUCUCCAGAUUCACACGUGGCGUCUCUCAAAACUCAUAACAGAAAGGUAUCGAGUAAAAAGAAAAAAACUCGUCGGAGUCCUCUCGAAAAGCACAGAUACACGCUCAUGUUUAUGCUGAUAGCCGCAGUGUGUGUCGCAACAUAUGUUCCGUCACUAACGGCAAAUAUUAUUCAAAACAUCGACUCUGAGGAAUUCUGGACGGAGUAUACGAACGGUAAAAGGUCUUUGUAUAUAAUUCUGUUCCAGCUAUACAUCUUGAACCAUGUAGCCAAUCCUUUUAUAUACGGACUAUUUGAUGGGACAUUCCGACUUGAGGUUCGUAAGUUGUUUUGUAAAGGUGUAAAUAAGUGACGUUUCGGGCUUUGGUAUUAGUAAAGACUAUCCGGAAGUGACGUAAUAUUUUUUUUGUUAUUGCAAAAUAUGUCAUGAAGGGACAUUGUUAUAUUGAACAGAGACUGUCUGAUCAUAAAAGUUACAUCGUCAUCAUUGACGUCAUCAUCAGUGUUUUACUUGAAUGUUCCCUAUGCGUUAUAUCAUGAAAUUAAAAAAGUGAAUUCAAGUCCGUUUC